UAAUCUUUGAAUUGUAGACGGGCUUUCUGCCUCACCUCAGUAACAUGGGGAUAUAGAUGCCGGAUACAUGCUUAGUCUCCUCGAGACACAGAGACCAAACCUUCAUGCGUCAGGAUAAAGUUUCCGUCUGACCACACGUCAGAAAGCAGACUAGUUCAGCUUGCGGACCGUGGCAUGUUAGGCAUGCUGCAUUUCCAUUUCCCACUGACAUGAGAUCAAUCCAAAUGACACCUAAAAUUAGUACGCCGGUUCUCGUUGCGUACCAUAUACCGUUUCCAUUCGCUAACUACCAUCAUAUCUACCUGAUUCUACCCAGCGACACCAUGGCCGCACCAGCCGAAAUGACUACUUUGGAUAUCAGUGGAAAGUAUUACAUGAACAAGACUCUGAGUGAUGAUACCGACGAAAUACUACGUCUCCAAGGUGUGAGUUGGCUUACUCGCAAAGCCAUCCGCAUGGCCACGCUCUACCUUACCAUCAAGCACUACACCGGAGAUGACUCGUUGGAGCAUAUCGACAUCGAUCAAGUGCUUAGCGGAGGUCUAGGAGCCACCACUGAACUUCGUGUUCUCAACUGGGAGGAGCGUAGUCAUGAAGAUUAUGUCUUUGGUCCUGUUGUAGGAAAAUCGCGCAGGAUUGCGAUAGAUGACAUCGAGAAUGAUUGGCUGAGAGAGGGAUGGUCAGACGAAACUAAAGAGCAUGGUGCCAUCAACUCCUGGGUCCAGAGUGAUACCCCCAAGAGUGGGAGGACUUGGAUUGCUGAACAGAUAUGGGGCUUUGAGAAUGUGAACGAUGAGAAGAGAUACACCAGACAUGUUUACUUCAUUGGUCCAGAACAGGAGAGAAUCCAAGCACGGCUUGUGUAUGACUACCAGGGACCUCUGUAAAUUGUAUUCCCUAUUUUAUGCUAUCAAGCAAUUCCGCUACUUCCAUCAACUGUUGUACAUGAAUCUGAUAAUGCAAUUGAAAUGUCUGAGGCAACUCACCACUUAGUUUUCACUUUGGAGGGAAGACAGUGAUGACUUUCCACACAGCGUCUUUGCCCGUCUCCCAUGCUUUUGGACCUUUGCUCUCUUCCCCUCCAAACUCGAUCAUGAUUCCAUCCUUGGACCAUUCACACCAAAUACCGAUAGAGCCCGAUGAUGGCCCAGCACCUCCACCUUUCCUAUCAGGUUCACCAAGUGCUUCUACGAACUCCUUCCCAGUAGUAUUCGGAGUAAUGGAUAAGGACUCGGAUCGAGUUUUGUCAGGAAUGGGGACGAGAUUCAGAAUGAAAGGGUUCACAGGGUAUUUCGAGUGAGAAGGCUUAGUCUGGGAAGCUGGAGCACCUGGCUUUGGCUUUGGCGUAUUGUAAAGAUCCACACCAUCCAAUACUAAAUCUUCAUACUUCAACUCUCCGAGCUUGAGUCCAAGCUUGGGCUUGUAACCAUUGAUCGGUUUGAAGAGAAAACUGAGUCCGACAGGAAAGUAAUUGAGAUAUACAGCAUCAGGGUAUGAUUUGACUUCUGGUGCUGGUGCUUGAGACAAGGAUGUAAGCGAUGCCAGAGAUGCUAAGUGUGAAGCGA